UAACAUGCAACAUCAAGGUGUACUAAGAAUUGGAUCCCAAGAUUCCUUCUCUAGGAAGAGCUAGAUGAAUCAGUUGCACACAACUCCCAGUCAUCGCAAGACAUCGCAAAAUAAAUAGCAAUCAAUUGAUUAAAUACCAGAUAAUGCAUUAGAAAAGUUUUACCUAUACAAACAGAAAAAGAAUGAUAUUCGAAUGAAAUAACAAUUGAGCAAACAGACACAACGAUCUACACAGAACUCUAUUGCAUAACAAAAUAAGUUCUUCAUCAAUGCCAAUUUCGUUAACAAUUAAGGUGGAUAAUAAAAGCGUUCUGCAUAAUCUGUUACAAUCGAAGGCAUGGAGUCAGUUAAAAGAACCAUUAAAACUGAUAUGGGAAACCCUGCAUCCAUUUUAGGCAAGGCUAAAAGUUUAGGACCUGAUGAAUAGAUGCAAUAAGUUAAACAUCACAAUGUUGUUGUCAGAUUUGGAAAUCAGGACUUCUAUUUUUAUUUUGACUCUCAGUAUCUCUAUUGUUAUAUGUCUUUAGUUAUAAUAUGCGAUAAAUUUGGUUUCAAAUCUUGCAAAGAUUGCAUGAUUUAGAAUUUGCCAAUCCACAAGAAUGUUAUGCUAAUCUUAAGGAUAAACCAUCAGUUAAUUAAAUAGUUAGUUUUGUAUCUUAAUAACAUUCAAUCUCUAUUGAUUAUUACAUCGCAUAACCAGAAUUAUCCUUUAAUGUUUUCAUGGAUUCUGGACUCAAAUUAGAAGCAUUCUUGUUAUAGUCAUCUCCUGAACCCAAAGUUGGUUUGAAAGACUUCAUAUUCCUUAAAAAUAUUGGAGUAGGAGGCUUUUCAUUAGUAUAUCUAGUCAGGAAGAAGGAUACCGGAAAAUUCUAUGCUUUGAAAUUAAUUGAUAAAGAGUUUAUCAUUGCAAAAAAGAAACAGUAAAUAGUUUUGAAUGAAAGAAACAUAAUGACACUACUCAACAGUCCCUUCUUAUUACAUUUAUCAUACGCAUUCGAAUCGAGGUAGUUUGUAGUUUUUGUAUUGGAAUUCUGCCAAGGGGGAGAACUCUUUUUUCAACUAAAGCAAAUUAAAAGAAUGAGUGAAGAAUAAGCUUGUUAUUACAUCUCAGAAAUUUGUCUGGUAUCUGAUUAAUUGUUAUAAUGAGGGCUUACAAGAGAUUCAUUCUCUCAACAUUUUAUAUAGAGAUAUAAAGCCUGAAAAUAUAUUAAUGGACAUAGAAGGUCAUGUUCGAAUUGCAGAUUUUGGUUUAAGCAAACCUGAAAUAGGAAGAGAAGAAAAAGCCUAUAGCUUUUGUGGGUCCCCUGAAUACAUGGCUCCAGAAAUGUUAUUAAAGCUUGGCCAUUCCUAAACAGUCGACUUUUAUUGUUUGGGAGCCUUACUGUAUGAACUCCUAACAGGAUUACCUCCCUACUAUUCAACAAAUACUAACCAAAUUUACUAAGACAUUUUGUACUCUAAAUUAACAUUUCCUAAUGAUGUAGUUAUUUUAUAUUACUCCUAGUUGUCCUUGUCUAGAGAAGUCAAAAAUUUAUUAGCAGCACUCCUGGAAAAAGAUCCAACUAAGAGAAUGGGUUCGAGUGGAGGAGUAUAGGAAAUUUUAAAGCAUCCUUUUUUUUCAUCAAUUGAUUUCAAAUAAUUGGCACUUAAAAAAGUCAAACCUCCGUUCAAACCUGAUCCUCUUAGAAUGAAUUUAGAUGAAAAAGAAUCUCAAAGAGGAGAAUAGGAUUUUAGAAAAAAAAUAGCACAAGGCAAGUCUCUGAAUUUACCUGUUAUUUUUGGUUCUUCCUUUUAUUACGAAUCUCCUCAAGAAGCUUAAACAAAAUCAGUCUAUAAAGAAUGGAUUUAGCAUACAAAUUUAUAACCAAAUACUCCUUGCGUUGCCUCAUAUCAUAGUUAAGGAAGGUAUUAAUUAAGAUUAAUUAAUUUAGGUCCGCAAAAUCCUAGGAUAUUGUACCAUUAAUUUAAUCGGUUAAGAAUAAUCCUAGAUCUCGGUAAAUGUUAGGUUAGAAACAAAACUUUUAUAAAGCUUCUGGGUUAAAACCUUCUUUGGAAAGAAUAAAUUAGGAAAAGAAGUUUUUUUCUAAAAUGUGAC